GCCCCCGCCCCGCCCCCGGCUGCGCGGCGCCCGCCCUCCCUCAGCCAGAGCUGCUCGUCUGAGGCUGCUGAGGCGGCGGCCGGUGUCGUGGUCGCGGUACCUGUUCCAACGCGGCUCGCGGGCCCGUGCCGGCCCCAGUCCCCGGCGCGGCUGUCCGAGCCCCUGCGGCGGGCGGGCGAUGGUGCGGCGGAGCGCGCGGACGCGGGCGGCGCGGCGGCGGGCAUGAAGGAGGAUGGAAGGGCAGGACGAGGUGUCGGCGCGGGAGCAGCACUUCCACAGCCAAGUGCGGGAGUCCACGAUAUGUUUCCUUCUUUUUGCCAUUCUCUACGUUGUUUCCUACUUCAUCAUCACAAGAUACAAGAGAAAAUCAGAUGAACAAGAAGAUGAAGAUGCCAUUGUCAACAGGAUUUCGUUGUUUUUGAGCACGUUCACUCUCGCAGUGUCAGCUGGGGCUGUUUUGCUUUUACCCUUCUCAAUAAUCAGCAAUGAAAUCCUGCUUUCUUUUCCUCAAAACUACUAUAUUCAGUGGCUAAAUGGCUCCCUGAUUCAUGGUUUGUGGAAUCUUGCUUCCCUUUUUUCCAACCUCUGUUUAUUUGUAUUGAUGCCCUUUGCCUUUUUCUUUCUGGAAUCAGAAGGCUUUGCUGGCCUGAAAAAGGGAAUCCGAGCCCGCAUUUUAGAGACUCUGGUCAUGCUUCUUCUUCUUGCGUUACUCAUCCUUGGGAUAGUGUGGGUGGCUUCAGCACUCAUUGACAAUGAUGCCGCAAGCAUGGAAUCUUUAUAUGAUCUCUGGGAGUUCUAUCUACCCUAUUUAUAUUCCUGUAUAUCAUUGAUGGGAUGUUUGUUACUUCUCUUGUGUACACCAGUUGGCCUUUCUCGUAUGUUCACAGUGAUGGGUCAGUUGCUAGUGAAACCAACAAUUCUUGAAGACCUGGAUGAACAAAUUUAUAUCAUUACCUUAGAGGAAGAAGCACUCCAGAGACGACUAAAUGGGCUGUCUUCAUCGGUGGAAUACAACAUAAUGGAGUUGGAACAAGAACUUGAAAAUGUAAAGACUCUUAAGACAAAAUUAGAGAGGCGAAAAAAGGCUUCAGCAUGGGAAAGAAAUUUGGUGUAUCCCGCUGUUAUGGUUCUCCUUCUUAUUGAGACAUCCAUCUCGGUCCUCUUGGUGGCUUGUAAUAUUCUUUGCCUAUUGGUUGAUGAAACAGCAAUGCCAAAAGGAACAAGGGGGCCUGGAAUAGGAAAUGCCUCUCUUUCUACGUUUGGUUUUGUGGGAGCUGCACUUGAAAUCAUUUUGAUUUUCUAUCUUAUGGUGUCCUCUGUUGUCGGCUUCUAUAGCCUUCGAUUUUUUGGAAACUUUACUCCCAAGAAAGAUGACACAACUAUGACAAAGAUCAUUGGAAAUUGUGUGUCCAUCUUGGUGUUGAGCUCUGCUCUGCCUGUGAUGUCGAGAACACUGGGAAUCACUAGAUUUGAUCUACUUGGCGACUUUGGAAGGUUUAAUUGGCUGGGAAAUUUCUAUAUUGUAUUAUCCUACAAUUUGCUUUUUGCUAUUGUGACAACAUUAUGUCUGGUCCGAAAAUUCACCUCUGCAGUUCGAGAAGAACUUUUCAAGGCCCUAGGGCUUCAUAAACUUCACUUACCAAAUACUUCAAGGGAUUCAGAAACAGCCAAGCCUUCUGUAAAUGGGCAUCAGAAAGCACUGUGAGACACACAGACGGCGUCUUCUGCCACCAAGAGACCCGAGAACUCCAGACUCACGACAUUCCUGUCCCGUGUAGAAACAUUUCCAUUUCAACCUUGGCUCCUCUUCAGAACCUAGACCUAUCAGUGCCAUUUUUUUUUUUCAUAAUCUACGAAGAACUUGGCUAUGGCUGAUCUUUUUUAAAUUUAACUUUCUGAUAGACCCUGUAGUUUCCAGUUAAAUGCAGAUUCCUUACAGACAUAUAGAACAGCGCAAUUUUCUGUAGACAUUUGCUCAUGUCGGUAAAUACAAUCAUCCAUAUGAAAAAAUUGUUUUCACCUGAUAUGAAAAUGUUAGAAGAGGCAAACUCUGGAACUUCUAAAGAUUUACUUAAAUCCUAUUAUAUACUUUAUUCAGAAUGUAGAAGCUGACCUGAAAGGCAUCCUUGGUACUAAGUGAAGCUUCUUCAGAAAAUGCAUUUUUGAAAUGCAAUAGGAACUGCUUGUAGAUAUCAUUAUUGCAGUGUGUGUUGGAGCUGUAAUGGUUGCAAUUAUGUUUCUUAUUUCCUUAAAAGCAAAAAGCAUAGUUUCUGAUUUAUGUUAUAGAAUGAUACUGAUUAGACUUUGAGCCAAGGGGAAAAUACUAAAUUCUUUUAAACCUGGAGCCUUAGAGAGCCACAGAAAUAUCUUCUGUUGUACAGUCUAAUAAGCUGUGGUAGGAAGUACCAUGUAAUCACAGUUUAAUGACAGUUUAUGUAUAUAAUUCAGUAUUCGCUCUGAUAACAUAGUUGCCAGUGUUUAUUACACUUGUAACUUGGAUUUUUGCCUUAUAGGCUAUAUGUAUACUCAGUUUUUUAAAGCAUUUUUUUCAGAGAUCACUUAAUUCCCCGUGCUUCUGUAAUGCUUAUAAAAAGUAUAAAUGCUGAGUGGUAGAAACUCCUCUUUCCUCACAGUCCCCAGGCUUUGGUUACUUUUGCAUAUGCCAUUUGAAGCCUCCAGCUUUUACCAGCUUAACAUCCAAAGUUCACAGCAUCAGCAUUCAUGGUGUAAGAACAGUUUUGCAGUAUAACACGAUCUGAUAAUCAUUCAGUUAUUAAAUUGUAAAUAAUUAUUGGGAUGGUUUCUUGGCUUUAAGUCUACUGAAUAAAAACUAUGAAACUGCACUCUGUGUUAACCAUCCACUAGGAUAGAAUACUGAAAACUGUGCAUGCAAAAAUAGGAGAUGGGCCCAUUUGCACACAAUUCGUAGUUACGCAAUCUACUAUAUAAAUAUGUUCACAUGCACUAUGUGUAUGAAAAUAGAUUGUCUGUGUUCAGACAAAAGUAAAACAUUUUUUUCAAAUUGUUACAUUUAAAGGUUUUCUAGGAGAAAUUUAUGAAAAACAGGCUAUGUCUAUUUGACAUCAGAAAUUUCCACUUAAACCAAAAUAAUAAGAAACUUUAAUCUGUAUAUUUACAACCUUCGUUGAGUACACUUCCCCCAUAUUUAUACAUCUGCAUUUCCUUCCAAGCUUCACGUCUUUGUAAAAUGCAGCUUGGUUUUAAAAUAAAAGAAUAUUCAUUUUGUGAUUCUAAAGAACCUUCAGUAAAUACCACCAGUAUAGUACUGGUGAAUUUCUCAGCAUAAAAUCGACAUACCUAAAAAGUUAAUAAAAUUCAGCUCUUUUCCAAUUUCAUUGUUAUGCCUAUUGAAGUAUUAAUUGCAAGGUUUGAUUUUUAGUGAAGUUUGGGGUCUGUACUUUGAGCAGACCAAGUCAAGGGAAGAACAGAAAGAAAGUCAGGAGUAGAGUAGCAUCACUUCUCACUUACACUGCUUUCAGGGUACAUCCAAAGAGUUCCUAGAUACUUGUAAAAUGUCUGAAAUUUUUUCGGUAAAAUACUAAACUUUUCAAUGUUUAGCUCAACUUUUUUGUUCAUUUGGAAGUUUCUCUCCAUCCGAGGACUUAAGCCAGUUUUGGAUUUGUAAGCCCAGAGUACAAUACACUUCCUGGAGGCACCCCCCAUCCGUUGAAGCAAAGGAUGCGCAUGGGAUGGAAGGACGGCUUCAAACCUGGGACUCAGAUGCCUUGAGAACAAAUAGAUUGUUAACAGCCUUGGGCUGCUGCAUGAUCACACUUCCUCGAGGCUCUUGCUGAGCACAUGCCCAAGCAUCUGCCUCUGGAGAGACCGACUCCAAAUGCAGGUGCUUCCAUUGGACUUAGGUUGGAGGCUGCUUGAUGUGAGAAACUCCAGAAAUGGAUGCCAGAAUAUGGAGGCCAAACGUUCUGAGUCCUGGUAAGGACAGUCGCUCUGGGGGUCUUCAUUUUACUGCAGUUCCUGCGCGCCAGUGAAAGAGAGGAGCUAGACCCUGGAAGGCAGAGCUGCAAAUGCUCAUCAUCAUCAGGUCAAUUCUGGAGCUACAAUUUUGUUUCUGACUGGAUGGGGAUGCACUGGUGACUGUAUCAAAUCAAGCAGUCCUUUUAUUCUCUCUCCUUUAGUAUCGAUUUUAAAGGGCAUUAGGCACUAUGGUUCCAGAGUUUCUUGGGGGAAACUUUGCAGAUUCUUACUAAUUGGUUCUGCAAUACUUAAAUAAAUAAUUUUACAAUUAUAAGUUUUCAGAUAUAACAUUUGUAUUAAUUUUUACUGAUUUUCCAAGAUACUUCUUAGAUUUACUAUUUACAUAGCUUUAUGUACAUUCUCUGUAAAAAUAGACCUCUAAGUAUGAGACUUUACAUGAAAAUGGUACACACACAUGUACACUAAUGUUAGCUCCUUAAAUUGCUGCACUAAGGUGCUGGUUAGUAGAGAUGGACGGAGCCUCUCGCGUUUUGCUGUCAGAUGCGUUAAAGGCGCAUGUACCUGCUCUCAGCGCCAGUGCGGCCCCCCCAUCUGCUGGGUGCCCAUGGCCCUCUCUGCAGCCUCAGUGAUGACCUCGUCUGCCAGGGGCACAGGUUUUCAUCAUUUACAGGCUCUAAUGUGCUUGUUUUGUUGGUAGCACGUUAUUUGAUGCAUAAAGGCAGAAUUCUUAAGUUUUUUUUUUUUUAAUGUGAACAUAGAUGUAGCACCGACUUUUUAAACUUGAAAAAACUGAUAUGUUAACUUCUAAAAAUAACAUUUGGACACACUAGGAAUUGAUUUUUGUUUACAGAUUGUUAGUCUUUGUUUCUAUGAGAUACUUUUAGUGUGACUUUUAAAAUGUCUUAGAAAUUAAAGUUUUACAAAAAGUGA